GGAAGACUGAGGGAAAAAGCAUAAGAAGAGAAGAACCCAGAGAAGAAGCAAAGAAAUCGAAAUCGAAUCAAAGAUACUGAAAAAACCCUAAAAGAAUCUCAGGAGAAUAGAUAAUGGAGGGUUCAUCAUCGUCUUCGUCACUGGCGUCCAAAUCAGACGGCGAGCUGGAGGAAAUGCUGGAUCGGAUGCUGACUAGGCUCGCUCUCUGCGACGACUCCAAGCUCGAAGCCCUAGUCUCCAAGCUCCUCCCCCUCACCAUCUCCUCUCUCUCCUCCCACUCUCCCGCCGUUCGCAACAAGGUUCUUGAGAUACUGAGUCAUGUUAACAAGAGAGUGAAGCACCAUCACGAGAUUGGCUUGCCACUGUUGGAGCUGUGGAAGCUAUACACCGACCCUGCUGCUUCUCCUAUGGUUAGGAACUUUGCGAUCGUCUAUGUUGAGAUGGCUUUUGAACGUGCUUCUGCUAAGGAAAGGGAGGAUAUUGCACCUAAGACACUAGAGAAUGUUUCAAAGUUUCCUCAGCAGCAUCAAGAGAUUAUUUUGAGAAUUGCCAUUAAGGUCAUCGGAGAGUGUCAUGCACGCCAGAUCAGUGAUGAUGUCUCUGUAAAGUAUAGUACUCUGAUUGCAUCUCAGGAUAAAGAAAUAUUUCUGGAUUUUUGCCUUCAUAUGCUUUUGUAUCAACCACCUCCUCAAGGAGGAGGAUCUCCUCCAGGGCUUUCAGUUUUUCAAGUUAAUCGUAUAACGGGAAAGAAAGAAUUGAAAGGGGACAUGCUUACGAAAAGAAAGUUGGGGAUCUUGAAUGUCAUUGGAACCAUGGAUUUGCCUGGUGAAUCCGUAUAUCCGUUGUACAUUGCUGCAUCAGUGGAUAGUCAAGAACCCGUAUCUAAGAGAGGGGAGGAGCUUCUUAAAAAGAAAGCUUCUUCAACAAAUUUGGAUGAUCCCAAGUUGAUAAAGAGACUGUUCUUACUAUUCAAUGGCACUACUGCCACUGAACAUGCUGCUCCAGAACAUAGUGUAGCUCCAGGAAACAUAGCCUUGAAAAUGAAGCUCAUGUCUGGUUUCUGUCGUUCUAUCGCAGCCGCAAAUAGUUUCCCUGCCACAUUGCAGUGCAUAUUUGGUUGUAUGUAUGGAAGUGGAACGACCUUAAGGCUAAAGCAAAUGGGAAUGGAGUUCACCGUGUGGGUUUUUAAGCAUGGGAAAAUAGAUCAACUGAAACUUAUGGGCCCUGUGAUAUUGAAUGCUAUUCUAAAAAUGCUUGACGGUUUCACAGGCUCAGAAGCAGAUGCUUUAUCAAGGGAGACCAAAAUAUUUUCUUUUCAAGCUAUUGGGUUGAUUGCACAACGUUUGCCUCAGCUUUUUAGGGAAAAGACUGAAAUGGCUGUUCGUCUUUUUAACGCAUUGAAGUCAGAAACCCAGUCUCUUCGUUCAACUAUCCAGGAGGCAAUCAUAUCUCUUGCUGCUGCAUACAAGGACUCCCCAGAGAAUAUCCUCAGGGAUUUGGAGGUGCUUCUGUUAGAAAAUUCUUUGGCGGAACAAAAUGAAGCACGGUUUUGUGCUUUGCGAUGGGCAACUUCUUUGUACAAUUCACAACAUUGUCCAAGUCUGUAUAUUUGCAUGCUCAGCGCAGCAGAUACGAAGCUAGAUGUAAGGGAACUAGCACUUGAAGGACUCUUUCUGAAAGAAGAUCGCAGUAUAAUCUCUAAUCAUGACCAUAAAUACCCAAAGUUCGUUGAGAUGCUAGAGUACAUUCUCAAGCAACAGCCCAAACUGUUAGAUUCAUCAGAAAUGAGGGGCCAGAAACUUCUCUUUCCGUCGCAAGUAUAUGUGGUCAUGAUUAAGUUUUUGGUGAAGUGUUUUGAGUUAGAGAUGGAGGAGAACAAUACCCAGGCAGUUGGGACUGAUUUUUUGUAUUCAGCCCAACGGAUGUGUUUGUUAUUAGAACAUUCCCUCGCAUUCGAAGGCUCUGCUGAAUUACAUGCUUGUGCUUCCAAGGCAUUGGUCUCAGUUGGCUCCUACCUUCCGGAGAUGGUUGAAGUUUACUGUUCCCGAAAAGUUGUAUGGCUAAGGCGUUUGCUUAGUCAUACAGACUUGAGUACUCGUGAAUCUGCAUCACGUUUACUCGGAAUGGCAUCCUGUGCUCUUUCUGAUGCCGACUCAUGUUCCUUGCUUACUGAAUUAAUAGCUUCUGUUUCCCAACCGCCGCAGAAGUUAAGAUUCGAGGAACACCAUGGGGGAUUAUGCGCUGUAGGAUAUGUUUCAGCACACUGCUUAUAUAGAAUACCGGCUGUUUCUAAAGCGGUUGUUCAAAAUGCGGUUAAAUGCUUGGUGGAUGUUGUUAACUUGGAGACUGCACCAUUGGCUUCUGUUGCUAUGGAAGCUCUGGGUCAUAUUGGAAUCACUGGCCCAUUACCUCUUCUUGUUAAUGAUUCUAGUCCAGGGACUCAAGUGCUGGAAGUUCUGCAAGAAAAACUGAGCAAGCUACUCUCUGGUGACGAUAUAAAAUCAGUUCAGAAAAUUGCCCUUUCUCUUGGACAUAUCUGCUCACAUGAAAUGUCAUCUUCGCACUUGAAGAUAGCACUUGAUCUUUUAUUUAGCCUUUCACGCUCCAAGGCUGAAGAAAUUUUGUUUGCCGCGGGUGAGGCCUUAUCUUUCCUCUGGGGUGGUGUACCAGUUACGGCUGAUAUGAUUCUGAAAACGAAUUAUACAUCUCUUUCGACGGACUCAAAUUUUCUGAUGCGAGAAGUUAAAACUGUGUCAAAAAAUUUCUCUGAUGCCAAAACUGGUGAUGAAGAUAGUCAUGUCACGACCAGAGAAACAAUCUCUGGAAAACUCUUUGAUACUCUUCUGUAUAGUAGUAGGAAGGAUGAACGAUGUGCUGGAACCGUAUGGAUGCUGUCUUUGAUCAUGUACUGUGGCCAACAUCCAUCAAUCCAACUAAUGCUUCCUAAAAUUCAGGAGGCUUUCUCACACUUGUUAGGUGACCAGAAUGAACUUACUCAGGAGCUGGCAUCCCAGGGCAUGAGCAUUGUCUAUGAACUUGGUGACUCAUCAAUGAAGCAAAGUCUGGUAGAUGCUCUGGUUAAUACCCUAACUGGCACAAGCAAAAGAAAACGAGCAAUAAAGCUUGACGAAGAGACUGAAGUGUUUCAAGAGGGCACUAUCGGUGAGAGUCCCAGUGGAGGAAAGAUUAGCACGUACAAGGAGCUUUGUAAUCUUGCAAAUGAAAUGGGGCAACCAGAUUUGAUUUACAAAUUUAUGGACUUAGCCAAUCACCAAGCAUCUCUUAAUUCGAAGAGAGGAGCUGCGUUUGGGUUCUCCAAGAUAGCCAAACAAGCAGGAGAUGCUCUUCGACCACAUUUGCGAUUGUUGAUUCCGAGGUUGAUCCGGUACCAAUAUGAUCCUGACAAAAAUGUGCAGGAUGCUAUGGCACACAUCUGGAAAGCACUGAUACAAGACCCUAAGAAAGCUGUUGAUGAACAUUUGAAUCACAUCUUUGAUGAUCUGCUAGUACAAUGUGGUUCACGGCUAUGGCGCUCCCGUGAGGCAUCCUGUCUUGCCCUUGCUGAUAUUAUUCAAGGUCGAAAAUUUGACCAGGUUAGGGAGCAUUUGAAAAGACUAUGGAUAGCUGCUUUCCGUGCUAUGGAUGACAUCAAAGAGACUGUGAGAAAUGCUGGUGAUAAGUUAUGUCGUAGCGUGACAUCCUUAACAAUAAGGAUUUGUGAUAUCACGCUCACCGAAAUAUCAGAUGCAAAACAAGCAAUGGAUAUUGUUCUCCCGUUUUUGCUUUCAGAAGGAAUAAUGAGUAAAGUCAGCAGUGUACGUAAGGCUUCAAUUGCAGUUGUUAUGAAGCUUGCAAAGGGUGCAGGAGUUGCCCUCCGUCCACAUCUAUCCGACUUAGUUUGUUGUAUGUUGGAAAGUUUGUCUAGUCUUGAGGACCAAGGACUUAACUAUGUUGAGUUGCAUGCUGCUAAUAUCGGCAUAGAAACCGAGAAACUUGAAAAUUUACGAAUUUCAAUCUCGAAAGGCUCUCCAAUGUGGGAAACUCUUGAUCUGUGUAUUAAUAUAGUGGAUACUGAAUCACUUGAGCAGUUGAUCCCUCGUCUCACUCAACUUGUUAGAGGUGGUGUUGGUCUCAAUACGAGGGUUGGCGUUGCCAGCUUUAUCUCAUUACUAGUGCAGAAAGUAGGUACCGAGAUAAAGCCGUUCACUGGGAUGCUGCUAAGACUUUUGUUUCCUGUUGCCAAGGAGGAGAAAAGCUCUGCUGCAAAACGUGCCUUUUCGAGUGCUUGUGGCGU